CACAUUUCCUAGCUGCUAGACAUAAGCACGUACAUAGAAGCAACAUACCCCUCCCCCUCUCCCUCAAUGGGUUCGCUCACUGCCACAGUACCAUCUCCAUAUCGGGAAUUCAAUCCCUCCGGCUAUCGAGUCUAUGCCUCCUUUUGCCCCAAAGAAACCGACGUUUCUAACCGGUUGGAGUGCUAUGAUCCCCCUAACAACUCAUGGAGUCACUGUUCAGGCCUUGCCACUGGUGCUCCGGUACGAUGUCCGGUUAGGCCAAUGGGCCAAAUGUGCGCCAAUGGGGGUACCGACCGCGCUAUGAGUUUGCUUGUGCUGUUUGUGACAAUAAAAUCUAAGUGGCAGGGGGCAAGCCUGACUUGGCAAGUGCGAGGGGAAUUUUAUCGGCUGAGCUGUAUGACCCUGUGGUUGACACGUGGACCGCCGCCUAAAAUGAGCACCAUGAGGUGCAAAUGCGUUGGCGUGACGUGGCAAUGGAAGAUCCACGUGGUAGGAGGGUUUGCGGAAAGAAAGGAAUCCGAUCCAAUGAUGACGUUUGUGAAAGAGCGGAGUGCUGCUGAGGUGUUUGACACGCCGGUAGGGGAGUGGUGCCUCGUGGCUGGGAUGUGGCAAUUGGACGCUCCACCAAAUCAGAUUAUUGAGAUGGAAGGUAGGCUGUUCAGCUCCGGUGACUGCCUCAAGGCGUGGAAAGGCCACAUCGAGGCCUACGAUGGGGAACUUAAUAUGUGGGUCGAAGUUGAUGGAUCUCGGUUCCAAAUUCUCAAUUCCCACACGGGAAGACACUGAAGAUUGGGCACAAAAUGGAACAAUGGCGCCUAUUGGACCGCAUUUAUACUUCUUUUAAGGGCUCAUUUGGAGCACCGGAUGAAGGGCUGGAUCGAAUAAAAUUUAUCCAAUCCA